GGAACCAUGACAGAAGAUGACGGAUACAGUUGUCGCGGAGGGACAAGUCAAGUUUAGAGAUGGGAAAAAGUGGAAGACGCGCUGGGUCGUACUGCGGAAACCUUCUCCAGUCGCAGAUUGCCUGUCUCUGCUGGUGUACAAGGAGAAGAAGAAAGUGAAGGAGAAAGGCGGCAGCCACAAGGAGAGGCUGAAUGUGACGCUGGAGGGAAUCUGUGGCGUGGAGCCGGGCCCCGGGUUCGAUGGAGUCUCCUACACCCUGUCCAUCCUCUGCCUGGUGCACACGCUGGUCCUGGGCUUCAGCAGCCGGGACGCCCUGCUGGCCUGGGACGCCCGCGUCCGCUACAGCCUGGGAGAAGUCCACAGGUUCGGCGUCACCGUGGAGCCCGGCACGACGCUGCAGAGCGGCUCCGCCUCCCUCCACCUGUGCAACAACCUGCUGGCGCUCAGCCGCGGCGUGCCGCCGUUCGUCAUCGGCCACUGGAAGCUGUCGGCGUUGAGGCGGUACGGCGCCGUCCCCAACGGCUUCGUGUUCGAGGGCGGAAGUCGCUGCGGAUACUGGGCUGGAGUUUUCUUCCUGUCCUGUUCAGAGGGAGAGCAGAUCAGUUUCCUGUUCGACUGCAUCGUUCGGGGCAUCACGCCCAGCAGGGCGCCACAUGGCCUGCGGCCGAACCUGCCAGCAGAUCCCAGCGCCGACAGCUGUUCGGCAGAGGAGCGAAUCAGCCAGGAGACGUCGGAGCUGGAGAAAAGACUCAGCAUGUUGUCUCACUGCAGCCUGGCCAGCAGCACAGCCUCCACAUACAGCUGCAGCACAUCUGUUGCCGCGGACGACCGCAGCAGCAUCUCCAGCUCCUCCUCCAGCCAGUCGGACACCAGCUACGGCAGCCGGCCGUUUUGGAUGGAGCCGCUGUCCAGACCGCCGCCGGCCGGCGAGACGGCGUCCAGCUCGUCCUCGCUGAAGACCCUGACCGGCUCGGACGACCGGCUGUUCGCCGCGGUGAUGGGCGGCUCCGCCGGGCGCCCGGCCUCCGCCCAGCCCCGCCCCCGCGGCCUCCAUGACAGCGGGAGGCAGAGCUCGCUGGACAGCGGCAUCGGGAUCGGUCAGUCCUCGUGCUCCGGGAGCUACUCGUCCUGCACGGGGAGUCUGGACGCGUCCAGCCAGGGGGGAGGGGAGGAGUUUGGCUCUGUGGCCAGUCUCCCCGCUGCGCCCUCAGGGCCUCCUCCUCCUCCUCAGCCCACACCCGGUCCAGAGAGCAUCUCUGCUCGUGUCUCCUCCUCCUGCUCCUCCUGCUCCUCCUGCUCCUCCAGAUCCGUCUCCCAGGCUGCCCGGAGGCACAGUGAUGAGUACCGCAUCCCCAGCCUGCUGCGGCUGUGGUACGACACCCCCAGGAGUCUGCUGCACGCCGCGUCGCCACCGCCGCCGCCAUCGCCAUCGCCAUCGCCAUCACCAUCGCCAGCCCAGAGAGAGACACCCGAGGCGGGUGGCGGUCUGAAGCGUCUGGCCACGAUGCAGCGCUCGCUCUCCUGGGGCAGCGAGAGGGCGCCCUCUGUUGACAGCGACGGGAGCUCCACGCCCACGGCCCUGCUGCUCCCCGCACACACUCAGGCCGGUCUCGGUUCAGACAACUACAUUACACCGGAGCAGUGGCGGUCAGCGAGGAGCAGAUGCUUGUUUCAGGCUGACAGCUCUUCAGUCCUGUCGACUCCUGCUGACACACAAGCCUCUGCUGUGUGUGUGAGAGAGCUGCACAGUGAGGGCGGGGACGUCUGCUGGAAGCAGGACAGUGUGAUGAAGAGGUCAGCGCCAUCCCUGCCGCCCCCCGCCCCCCCACUGCCUCCGCCUCCCCCUGUCAAGCCGAGCGUGUUCGGACCCCCGUCAGCCUGCGGUUUCUUCCCGUCUCUUCUCGAUGCGUCCACUCCGCCGGACGCCGCCGCUAAUUAUGUCAACGUCGCCCCCCUCCGGGCGAGGAGGGGAGAGCUGGUGUGCGCGGAGGUCAACCCGCAGGAGCCCAGGUCACGCAGCGCUGCGGGAGCACCGGCUGAAGAGGGCUCCACCGGGUUCGCCCACCACGACAGUCCUGCGGCGGUGGCGGUGGGGGCGGAGCUUGCUCAGGGGAGAGGGAGCGACUCUGCGACGCCCGACGUGACGCCACUUCGUAACAGUUUUCAUUCUCUCCAUCUUCAAUAA